GGCUCCUCCCCGUAGAGCAAAGGGCACGUGAGCUAGGCGCCCGGAGCCGUCGCCGCAGGGACCAUGUUGCUUCCGAACAUCCUGCUCACCGGUACACCAGGGGUUGGAAAAACUACACUAGGCAAAGAACUUGCGUCAAAAUCAGGACUGAAAUACAUUAAUGUUGGUGAUUUAGCUCGAGAAGAGCAAUUGUAUGAUGGCUAUGAUGAAGAGUAUGAUUGUCCCAUUUUAGAUGAAGACAGAGUAGUUGAUGAGUUAGAUAACCAAAUGAGAGAAGGUGGAGUUAUUGUUGAUUACCAUGGUUGUGAUUUCUUCCCUGAACGCUGGUUUCAUAUAGUUUUUGUGCUGAGAACAGAUACCAAUGUAUUGUACGAAAGACUUGAAACAAGGGGUUAUAAUGAGAAGAAACUAACAGACAAUAUUCAGUGUGAGAUUUUUCAAGUUCUUUAUGAAGAAGCCACAGCAUCCUACAAGGAAGAAAUCGUGCAUCAGCUGCCCAGUAAUAAACCAGAAGAGCUAGAAAAUAAUGUAGAUCAGAUUUUGAAAUGGAUUGAGCAGUGGAUCAAAGAUCAUAACUCUUGACUUAUAAGGCUAGCUACUUUAUAAUCACUCUUGUUGAUAUCUCUGCUGACAUCAUAGAAAUUGUUCAAGUAUCAGUAACACUUGAUUAAAAUCAUGUUGCAGGACCAGCAGGUGGAUAGUGUAUAGGUUUAUGCCUGUGUUUCUUUUUCUCCAUGAGAAAGCUAAACAUCUGAAAUAUAAUGAAUAUAGUAUUAUUAAGGAUUGAGACAAAACCUGUGAUUUUGAUACUUAAAUUGCUAAAGAAUAAAUAAAUCUAACAAAAUGGGUGGAUAUCUUUUAAGUUUAUUACAGAAAAAAAUGCAGAUGAUCUCUUCAAAUAAAACUAAAGAAAAAGCAA